UAAGCCAUGGCACUUGAGCUAGUCCUCCUCAUUCUCUUCCUUGUUUUGGCCAUCUCCAUAAUCUCGAGAAUGUUGUACCAUGAUCACCUUCCUCCAAGCCCAUUAGCCUUGCCCAUCAUCGGCCACUUGCACCUCCUCGGCCCUCUCAUCCACCGCUCCCUCCACAACCUCUCAUUACGCUUUGGUCCCCUAUUCUCUCUUCGCCUCGGCUCUGUCCCAUGCAUUGUUGUAACCUCACCGGAACUUGCAGAAGAGUUUCUCAAGACGCACGAGCUCACCUUCAUGUCCCGGCCAGAGUUAACCUCGAUCCAAACCCUGACCUACAACUCUUCGUUUAUAUUUAAACCCGCUGGAGCGUACUGGAAAUUCAUGAGGAAGCUGAGCAUGACCGAGCUCUUUAACAGUCAUAGCGCAGACAAGUUCCUCUCGAUUCGCGACCAAGAGUGCAUGAGGCUCCUUAGGUUGUUGGCCAAGAAAGCCCAGAGUUAUGAAGCUGUGGAUCUUAGUGAGGAGAUACGGAGGUUAUGCUUCGGUAUAAUCGGGCAGAUGAUUGCGGGGAAAAGUGCCAUGACUGUCCCGGCUAGGGAAGCCUGGUUGAUGGUAAGCGAGGCAACGGCGAUUGCGGGAGAGAUGAAUUUCUGUGAUUUUAAUUGGGUUUGGAAGAAGUUGAAUUUAGAUGGAUAUAGGAACAAAAUGGAAAGGUUGCAAAGGAGGGUUGAUGAACGUUUGGAGGCUUUCAUUGUGGAGCGUGAAGAAUUGAGGAAGAAGCAUAAGAAAAUUGAUGGAGGAGGAAGCCAAGUUGGCCAAAGGGAGGUGGAUUUUCUUGAUGUUUUGCUUGAUCUAUUGGACGCUGAGAGUAGUGAGGCUGCAGAGGUUGGAUUUUCAAGACUUCACAUUAAGGCUCUACUUGCGGAUUUCUUCUCUGCAGGUAUAGAGCCGAUCGCCAUUUUAUUAGAAUGGGCAUUGGCCGAGAUCAUCAAUCACCCAAAGAUGCUCGAGAAAGCAAGGAAAGAGAUUGAUCGAGUUAUUAGAGAUGGACAAUUAGUGAGAGAAUCAGAUGUUCCAAAUCUUCCGUACCUCCAAGCCGUCAUAAAAGAAACACUUAGGCUACACCCACCCUUGCCUUUGCUCAUGAAAAUAUGCGGAAAACAGUGUAAGAUCGGCAAAUAUUUCAUUCCAGAAAACGCAUUCUUAUUUGUGAAUCUUUGGGCGAUUGGAAGGGAUCCUACGAACUGGGAAAACCCACUGGAAUUCUGGCCAGAAAGAUUCUUACAUCUCGAUGGGAGAGACCAAACAAGUACAUUAAUAGAUUUUAAAGGGCAACACUAUCAGCUUAUUCCAUUCGGGUCUGGAAGAAGGAUAUGUGCUGGUGUGAACUUAACUAUGAAAAUCGUCCCUAGAUUACUAGCAGCAAUGAUUCAGUGCUUUGAUUGGAAAGUCGGUGGCUCAGAUUGCAACAAGAUGAACAACAAUAAUGUUCUUGAUAUGAAUGAAGAGCCUGGACUAACCACUCGAAGGGCCAAUAAUCUUGUGUGUGUUCCGGUGGCUCGUUUGAACCACAAUAUUAUUGACCCAUAAAACAUGAUUAAUAUGUGUAACUUGAAAAAUACUUGGGAAUAUUAAUGGGUAUGCCAUAUAGUUAAGAAAUAAGAGAGAUAAUAAGCACAUGACCAUAUAAGGGAGUUAG